AUGGAAGUGAAGUUUUUCGGGAAAGACGCCCCUGCUGGAGAAUGGGACAAUCCCAUACGUUGCCUUGGGAGUGACCCACGCGUCUUUGGUAUGAAAAAGUACGCAAAUUUUGGGUACCACUGUGGCCAGAAACCACGGACUGAGGCGGACGACAAGACCGUCACCCGCAAAACAAGUAGUGGCAACUCGGAACCGGGAUAUAACGGCAGAAGCAUGCCGAAACGUGGAAAAUUUUGGUCUCGUGGUCGACACGAAACACAUCUGGCGCGAGGAAACACGCGGGAGAGAAGCGUCGGUUGGGACGCAAGGACCGAGUCGUUUUAG